AUGCCGGCCGGUGUAGCUUCUGCAACAUGGCUCAACAAGAUUGCCAAGGAGAAGACAAAGCUUCUCCAGGAGAUGUUUGAAAUGGAACCGAUUCACGUGGAAGUCAAGGAUCCCAAAACCAAGAAGCCUCGUCCUCACUGUCAAGGUGAAGAUAUCGUCUACAAAUGGGAUGCAAUUUAUGCGACGGAUCCCAUGAUGAAGGGUAUCGUCGUUGACACUGUGACAGGUCCUUCGACACCCGGAAAGGACUACGUGGAUGACAUCAAUGCCAAUCCAGCCAUGCCUUACCAGCAGUUGCGUGCUCUGGUGGGAGAUGGAGGAAAGUGGAAAUGGCCCGAAAUUUGGAAGAAUUUGGAUCUUCUUCCUCGUCGUGGACCUGCUUGGCGUCACAUUGACGAUCCCUGCAACUUGGGAAAAAUUGAAAAUCCCAAUCCCCACAUUGUCCCUCUCAAAUGUUUGGUUGUGGGAGGAGGCCCCGUAGGACUUCGAUUGGCCAUUGAACUGGUUCUAGGAGGUCACCGCGUCACUCUCUUUGAAAAACGUCGUGAAAUCAUUGACAAGGAAUCAGGUCUCUUUGAAAAGGUCGGCUUUACCAACCGUGUCAAUCGUCCUCACAUUAACAACUUUUGUCGUAAUGAUUUGGAUCGUUUGAACGGACGUAACUUUAUGACACCAAAGAUGUGUUAUCCCGUCUUUACCAAUGCCCACACUUCCUCCAUUGGAAUUGAUGAGUCGCAAAUGCUCCUACUCAAGACGGCCCUCUUGUUGGGAGUCAACUUUGAGCUGGGAGUGGGUUACGAAAAUGCUGAAGUUGACAUUGAGAAUGAAAAGAAUCAACGUCCCACAUGGUUGGUCUCAUACACUGCCGACAAAAUUGCCCAAGAACGCUACGGCAAGUCGGAUGCCGGCGAAGAACGCUUUGAUUGUCUCUUUGGUUGUGAUGGAGGUCAGUCCAAAGUCCGUGUGACUCAAGUGGAAUGGUUGGGUGAACCCAAGACCAGGCUGUACAAGAAGAUGUUUGGAAUUGUUUCCAAUCUGCGCAAAUGUAGCAAGGCCAAGCUUCGAUCCUUGGGUCAUGAGACUGGUUUGGAACCCGAAGAUCGGGCUGGUGGUACUACAGGAAUCUUUUUCUACAAGGCCAGUUACCACAACUACUUUAUCGUCCACCCCCCAGCCGAUGAGAUGGAGGCCAACGGUAUCCCGUGGAAGGGAGUCUUUUCCUUUCACAGAGCCCGUGCGGAUCAAAAUCAAGAAAAGGUGAACAUGAAGAAUACUUUGAGGACCUUCAUGACCAAAAAGGCCAUUGAACUGGGUAUUCCCAUUGACGAAACGUUGCCCAAUGGUGGAUUCGUUGAGGAGCCGAAUGAUGUGAUGGGGUUUGAUUUCUCAGAGUUCUACAACUGUGAAAAGAGUGCUGCUUGCAUGGUUCCACCCUUGGAAUGGGACACGGAUGAGGAUGACGAGUGGGAAAUCCACUGUCCUCUGGUUGCGUUGUGUGGUGAUGCCGUGUCGGAUCCCAAUUGGCUGCUUGGUGUGGGUCUUCAGCGUGGAUGGAACUCUGCUCUGGACGCGUGCUUUUACGCCGACAACAUCUACAACAACAAGCAUUUCAAUGGCAAAGUUCCCAUGAAGGACGAACCCAUUGAAGAACCCAUUGAAUGGGCCGAACACAUGGAUAACAUGAUGAAUCUCAUGCAAAAGCUCGGAAACAACGCUCGUGACAGCAAGCUUUCUGAAGAGAUGGACACUGGAAUGUUGGAAGAAAAGGGUCCCGUUGUGGUUCAGAUUCGCAGACAACUAGCUGGACAAAAGGUUGAGGCCCCCGUUCCUCAGUACCUGCCUCAGGUUGAGCCAUGGGGACGUUACAAGGAGUUUACUUUGGCCAUCAAGAACAAUUACAAAGGUCAGGAUCUCUUCAAGAACAUUCACCCGUUGGCGACACGUGAACUAGCGAUCUUUGAACACAAUGCCAAGACUGUCGACAAGGCCACUGGACAAGUCGCCAAGGCCGACAAGCCCGCACCGGAGGAGAAGCGCAAAGCACCUCAAGUCAACGCGGAAGAAGUUCAAGAGAUUGCGAAACAAAAGAGUUUCCGUCUGCGCGAGAGCAUUGUUCAGCAGGCCAUGAACCCCACACCAGCGGGUAUCGACAAGAAGGAUCGUGGUGGUUUGGAUUCGCUCAUUUUCCAGGCUGCCAAGCGCGGAGCGCAGAAAUCGGAGGCCGCACCUACGGCAGACGAUAUCAAUUUCUCUCCGAAAGGCCGACGGGGCAGCGCUGUCAAGCGUGAUUCCAUGCUCUCUCCGAUGGACAUGUCGGCAAUUAACAACUUGACGGCGCAGUUGAGCCGAGCAGCCCCUUCGUCAGCCCUGAGCCCUGACGACCCCAUGUACGAAGUCCGCCAGCAGACGAUCAAGUAUGAAAAGGAAGGCAUGCUAUCGAAGCUGCAUGUUGCGAAGAAGGAGUUUGCGAGGGCACAGGCUGAACAGGAGGCUGCUCAGGCCAGGAUGGAGCAUGCGAAGAAAGAAAUGGCCAUGCUUGAGAAGAUUUGCGCUGCGUUUGAUAAGGCCGAAGCCAAGAUGGGCAAGUAG